AUGCCGCAAUCGUCUCGCUUGCAAGACAAAGUAGCUAUCGUCACUGGGUCCUCAUCUGGCCUAGGACGAGCAAUCGCCAUACUCUAUGCCCAAGAGGGUGCAAAAGUGGUUUGCGCUGAUCUGACACCAACUGCUCGAUCCCAGGAGGAGGCUGCUAUCACGACGCAUGAAUUGAUUCUCAGGGAUGGUGGACAGGCGAGUUUUGUUCAGACGGAUGUCGGGGACGCAGCGCAAAUGGAGAACUUAGUCGCGAUCGCUGUGACACAAUAUCGACGACUGGACAUUCUAGUUAACAAUGCUGGGAUCAGCAUCGAGGCACGGACGCCUGCUGUACUGCAUCUGACUGAUGAGUCAACCUGGGAUACCACAAUGCGUGUCAACACCAAGUCUGUGUUCCUGGGUUGCAAGUAUGCUCUUACUCAGAUGCUAGCGCAAGAGCCUCAUUCUUCCGGAGAUCGGGGCUGGAUCGUCAAUAUCUCUUCUAUUAUGGGUAUGAUUGGUGGGCCCGAGAAUCCAUCGUAUUGUGCAUCGAAAGGUGCUGUGAGUAAUCUCACGAAGCAGAUGGCUCUGGACUAUGCCCCUCAUAACAUUCAUAUUAAUGCCAUUUGUCCUGGCUACACUCAAACGGCUAUCUUCAAGGAGACAAUUACUAAUCUGACGCCUUGGGAAGACCUGAAAAGGCGUCAUCCGCUGAAAGGACCCGGAAUGCCAGAGGAUAUUGCUCGUAUAGCUGUUGUGUUGGCAAGUGACGAUGCCAGCUGGGUGACUGGGGUUUGCCUUCCAGUUGAUGGCGGAUAUACUGCUCGUUAA